AAAAGUCCCGGAUGAAUGAUAUCAUCACUGUCAUUUUGUUUUCGCAGCGAUUUAUUGAAACAUUUAGCUUUAUUUUAGGCAAUUUACGUUUUUUGUUGUGUGCACAUUAAUCAUGGCGGACGUAGAAGAAGGUGAGGUGCCCCUGAAGCCAUCACAGGGAACUAAUAAGCGGCUACAACAGACACAGGCCCAGGUUGAUGAGGUGGUGGAUAUAAUGCGUGUCAACGUUGAGAAAGUGCUAGAUCGUGACAACAAGCUGUCUGAACUUGACGACCGAGCAGAUGCGCUACAACAAGGGGCAUCACAGUUCGAAGCCAGUGCGGGAAAACUGAAGCGAAAGUACUGGUGGAAGAACUGCAAGAUGAUUGCGAUCAUGGUUGGAAUUGGCCUUGUCAUUGUUAUAAUCAUAGUUGUUUGGGCAGUGACCAGCCAGAGCAGUGAUGACGACACCAACCCCUAGAGACGGCGUCGUAUCCGGUGCCAGCUACUCGCAUGCAGCGCCCCCUGCCGGCACGAUGGCACCGCCGCGUGGCACACUCCCACACCUUAGCUAGACUGUUCGUUUUGAACGCUGUGAUUUUCAAAAUGGAUUAUUCGUAUCCGCAUGUGAGGAAUCAACUCGGAUUGUAAAUCAUAGAUGCACGCGAGAGAGAACGGUCACGCUCGUUGUAAGCAUGGCGUGACCUGUGACCCCGCGGUGAUAUAGGCAGGACGGCGCGGCCGCGCGCGGGCAUAGCCUAACAACGUGAGUCGUUGUGAUCAUUAAUCGUUCGUAUAAACUUAUCUAUCGAUUACGACUUAAUCCUCCUCCCACCUAAUUAGUGACAGGCUCGUUAGGAGCCACCAGAUGUUAAUUAGCGUUGCGGCGCGGCCGAGGCGCGAAUCGCAGUCGGCGGCGACGUCGUCGUUGUGGCCGUCGUGUUACCUGCUACGGGCGUGGUUCCCGGUAGGGAGCGACGCCCGCGGCCGACGCCUCGUCACGACCAUCGCCGUUACCUCCCUUUACUCGUGUGUACGCCAUAUAUGAGAAUUUUCAUUGUAGGAUCUCUUCGUGCUUUCCCUAUCGUGCGUACGUCAUGUAGACGACUGUAGUUCGUCAGCUUGCCGCGGUGUGGCGCCACACGCGGCCCCCGGCGCGCGCGCGCGAGGUCCGCGUGCAUGCUGCCGCGGCGACGGUGUCACGUCAAAACAGCCUGCUAGCGCAUCCGUGCAGAAAGUGCUGCUCGGUCAAGCGAGAUGACUUGUUGCAGGGUAUAGCGUGAUGCGUGAUGCCCAAGUGUGUGUCGGUUUUGCUCAUUUCGAGUGGAAUAGAUGAUAGAUAGAUUGCACUCUCUGAUAUAGGUGACAUGGAGUGGAAUGGACCGCGAUGGUAGGCUGUUCUUACGUGAAAUCGUAAUGGUACGCGUAGUCGAGUUAUAAAUAACAGCGACGGAGACUGCUAUCUAUUACACUCUUCCUUUGACGUCAGUAGAUGUAAUUUCAGCUGGUGUUAUUCGUAACUCGCUAUCGCGUCACUACAACAGAAGUUAGCAUGUUUAGUCACGUCGUUAUGUUUUUCCUGCGCUAGUCGCGUGUUUCGUUGUAGCAUUGAAGACCAAAAACGUUCCUAUCGUAUGUCUGUAUAUAUUAUUAUUAUUCUCAUUAUUAUUAUUAUUAUUAUUAUUAUCAUUAUUACGAUGGCGAUCAUCAUCAUUAUUAUAAUAAUUAAACGUACAUGUUUAUUUUAGAGUUGAAUACUAUAUCUUAUGUACGUGGGAGUGAUGCUUGAUCGCUCACACUCUAGACUGCUUGGUACGGACGUGGUGGUGGAGAAUAUAUAUAGAUAUAUAUAUACGUAUAUGAUGGAUGAAGGUGUAGUCCCUGCGGCCCUACUACCUGGUACUAAGGUGUGCCGCUGGUCGUUCGGAGGUGAAACCAUAACACGGUCGCCGCUACAGCGCGAACUGCCAGUGGGCGCUUGCAGACGAUGUCACCUGCGCAAGUUGGGUGGAGCUUACUUCUUGGUUACCAUGACAACGGCAGCACAUACACCACACACAAAACCGGGUUGUCACUUUAAUGGACUGUACACUCUGAUUGGUCGGUUGCGAGGCGACAUCGUCCAAUAGUCCGCUGACAGUUCGCACGGCGGCGGUGGCGGUGGCUGAUGGUUUACGAGAAUUUGGAGGUUUCACUUCCUAUCGGCCAAGCUGCCAGGUGGCGGGUUAGCUUCCAAAGCUUCAGGCGCAUUCGUGUCGGCGCAGACGACUGUUGCUUCUCGAAGUCGGCCAUCUUUACAGAAAGCUGUGAUUUCGUCGCAGAGAUCGCUGUCGUAAUAGUUCCUCCACAGAUGGCACCACUGGGGUAACCGGUUCGACAUUCAGAAGCAACAACAAUGCGCCUGUGUGGCAGCGUAUAUGUUUGAUAGAAUGUUGGUCCGUGUGUGUGUGCGCCCUGAGGCUCUCAACCGCCUGCCAUAGAAUCGCUACAAUCUGUCAAACUCGUUUCACGCAUCGACGGUAAGGAACGUAGAAAUUCUACGAAUUUGGCUAGUGCGUACACCAUCUCGAAUGAAAAUAUCAUGUGGUUGUUCUGUUGUAAUAGCAAUCCAGAAUUUCCGCAUUUCAAAUUGGUACUUUUGAAAUUACGAGAUGCUUGGACGAUCGAUCGGUUGCUAUUCGAGGGGCGAACGUGUUUCUUGUACUGGGAGAGUGGCAGCCCGUACCAAAUUGUUAAUGCAUUGCAAGUACACAGUGCAUACGUAGUUGUUCAUUCUGCUGAACUAUUAUUAUUCAGAGUUGAUGUGUUACAAUAAACGUGUAUAAUCAAAACGA